AGGCGCGCGAGAUCAUGCUAACGGCAGCUAACUGACCAACUGACAACCGAAAACGGGACGUUUACGGUUUGUUAAAAAUACUGACGUGAAAUUUGCAGUUACCGUUUAAAGUUGUAGUUUUUCCUCUGUAGACUGUAUGCAGUGUCUUUGAUGGGCGUUCAGAGGUCGCUGCAACCCUGUGGAGAGAGAGAGCUGCUCUGUUGUUGACAUCCCUGACGAGCACGGAUGUUGGCGUGUCAGCAGCUGAGGUGCGUAGCUUACCAGCUAGCAUUACUUUUUCACGGAAGUUUUCUUCCUCUGGCAUGCAUUUAGACCCUUAGUUGACUCUGACCUGGCACUGAGCCGGACUUCAGUCUUUGGUUACACGGUUGCGAUGAAGCUGCAGUGCGAUGUCGAGGUGGUGAAUCGGAUGCUUCCCACGUUUGGAAUGAGGAGUCGAGGAAAGGGGACCAGAGCGGUUCUGUCCAUCGGGAAACAUUUAGACAAGACAAGUCAGCGCAGCAGCAUCUACAUGAUGAUCUGCACAGCUAAAGACAGAGCAGGAUCAAAGUAUAAGCUAAAAAACAACAUAGAGAAGUUCUUCACAUGGUUUGUGGAGGAAGGCAAGGCCACUGUGAGACUUAAGGAACCUGCUGUUGACAUUUGUUUGAGCAAGGCUGAUGCAAAUAGCUUGAAAAACUUCCUCUCAGCCGCUCGUCUGGCAGACAGAGGAAGUGACACGAGCAGCCUACCCCUCUCCACACUCACUCCUGUUCGAGCCCGGGACGUGGAGCAGCCCAAGAAGAAACUCACUAUCGUCUCCAAGAAGGACUACCCCCUCACCUCCAACUUCCCCUACUCUCUGGAGCAGCUGCAGGUCUCCUACUGCAAACUGUCACGUGUGGACAUGCGGAUGCUGUCCCUCAAAGCUCUCCGCAAGCUAGACCUCAGCAACAACCAUAUCAAGAAACUGCCUGCCACCAUCGGUGACCUCAGCUGCCUCUCUGAACUCAUCCUCCACAACAACCACCUGGAAGCCUUCAGCAAGGCCCUGUGCCUGUCCACCCUGCAACGGACCCUCCAGCUCCUGGACCUCAGCCAGAAUCGACUGCAGUCCCUCCCGACUCAGUUCUGCCAGCUCAGAGAACUAGUGAACGUCAAACUGGAUGACAAUGAGCUUGUUUGUUUGCCGUUCCACAUCGGCCGACUCUCAAAGUUGAGGUUCCUGUCGGCGGCACAUAACCAGCUCGCCGUGCUGCCCAGUGACUUCCGCAAGCUGAAUCUAGAGAACCUGGACUUAUUUGGAAACCCGUUUAUCCAGCCCAAUCCUCUGGACCACACAAUGCAGCUCACGUUCCCCCUUUCACUUCAGGAGAUGGCUUCCAGAGCUGUGUCCAACCUCAGGAUACCAUACGGACCUCACCUCAUCCCUGCCCACCUGUGUCAGGACCUCGAAGUAGCCAAAACCUGCGAAUGCGGCCGUGUCUGCAUCAAUUUCUACAUCAAGACAGCGGUCAGCAUGAACCUGCACCAAGUGUCUCACACAGUGGUCCUGGUGGACGAUAUGGGAGGCACAGAUGCACCGGUGCAGCAGCACUUCUGCUCCCUCUCCUGCUAUUCUGAAUUUUUAGACAACUCCCUCCAGAGAGGAAUCAGAUGAGCAGCAAGAAACUCUGAUUUUACUGACACAAUGUUCACUCUGUUAAACUUUGUUUUAUAAAAGUGCUACAAGCUGCCCGUUUUACACUUACAUUCAACUUUUAAUGCACUUCCCACAUAACAAGGAUGGAGUAAGAGACAAGCAUAAGUACCUUCACAACUGCUCUGCCUGCAUCUGCUGUUGAGUACUGACUGUAUGUAAGGAGAGUGGGCAGCAACACUGACACAGUGACUCAUUUGUCUUCUUUUUCUGUUCUUCCUGCCUCUAAGAGCGAAAUGCAGGUUCCCCUACUGACCUACUUCUGCUUGGCAGGGGAAUAAAGACAUUAGAUGAAUUUCCUGAACACAGUGCCUCGGGGUCCAUAAGCAUCACCUAAAGGGAGUUAUGCUAAUGACCCACAACUUUUUUUUAUAUGUAUGUGAAAAAUUAAAUAAAAUAAAAGUAUUCAUUGA